CCUCAACAUCUUGAAUGACAGGGGAGAUCUCUUGUCUUGUUUUUAUUUUGCACAAUUCACUAUAAAUUUUACCACAUGGAAUUCCAGCAUCAAUUCACGAACUUCUUGAAUUUCGUGCCAAAAGACAAUCAGGUCAAAUCGCACCUACGCUAUUUGUAUUUGUAGCUUCACCGGCAAUCUACUUCUACGGCCAAAAGUGUUUUUGCAGAAAGAUUUCCAGUAGAAUUUGAAUGAGGCAAUGGACGAGCACUUUUGGAUCAAUCCGCUUAAACUAGAUAGGGAUGGAACCGGUGAUGCCAUUGAUAACCCUGGCGCGGGAUUUGAAGAUACGGACCCCAAAGAAAUUAUCAGUAAUUUUUUUAGCGAUGCACAAGUAGCCUAUGACCAAUUAGAAGAUUUAAAGUCGCAUAUGGCAGAAGUUCAUUAUCCUGCAUUAAACCCAUCUUCCCUCGAAAUUCAUAAAAUGGAAUUUUUAAAUGUUCUUGACAACUUUUUGACAAUGAGCAGUGAUCCGUUGAAGGAUAUAUUGCAUUACCUCCAGAAAUUUGGCGUUUCUUUAUUUCAAAUAAUACAAGAAGUCGAAGAGGAGGACACAGACAACGAAUACUAUGAGAAACUUAUAGAGGCUAGAGACAAAAUGGUCCAAAUGAUCGGUGACAUACAGUUGGCACUUGUAGCAUUGCAAACGGGUCCACCUGAUGAUAUUACCUACGAGAUGCUUCCUCAACAUAUGAAGCGAAAUAAACGUUCACAGCCUGUGAAAGUGCCUGAAUUUAUUUUUGCAGUGCCUUUGCUGCCUACUUUUGUGGAGGAAAAUUUCGUUUGUGCAAGAAGCUGAAUUUAAAAAAGUACUCGACAGAGGAAAAUUAAAAACAAAAUUCUCUUUACCCAACCUAAGAUAAUUUUAAAUUUCCUAAUGUAUGUUUUAAAAAAUAUCUUGAAUAUUUGAAAUAAUGUCAACGCUAUUGGAAGUUAAAUCUCGCAUUCCUUACUUCAUAAUCAAAUAUUUAUUCCAGUAUAAAAGUACAUCUAUGAUAUUCAAAGACAAGUGUAACAAAUAUUUUUAAUCAGAGAACUUUUCAACUAAUUUUGAAAACUAUAAUAAAUAUAUAUUGUCAGAAUUUCUACCUACAAAAGGUUUUAAUUUACAGUUAUGCACAGACCUGGCUGAUAAGCAAAAUUAUCUCCUCUAGUUUAAAUUUCAGAAGUAUAACACAAUCCUAACUUAUUAUUUGAUUGAUGCGACACUUUUUCUGAAGUUAUAUAAUCUUUUGAUUAAUUUAUCUGUCAAUUUGUGACUAAGUAACAUGCAAAGCUGUCGAUAAUCAUGUAAGUUAACGACCUUUGGACUUCAUACAAUCUGGUAAUCUUAGCGAGAGCAGCAAAAUACAGCAAAUAUUUAUUUAAAUAAUGCUGUGUUUGACAUUUGAUAUUCCGAUUACCCUCUUUUGAUAUUCGAGCAGGUGUGAAGUGCUUGUGAUAAACGGCGAAUGAUUACGGCAUAUACUCGUGUACAAUUUCAAUGCAAUCAGACAAUUUCCAAUGUAUUUUGAUACAAAUAAAAGUUCUUGCCUUUUUAAGUCAAUUAAAAGUAUCAACAAUAAAACAAAUCUCGGUACAUUCGUUUGAUGCUGAAAUAGAUGUCAAGUACUUGUGAUAACAAUCAAUGUUUACACUAAUGCGGUUUACUCAGGUCAAGUAUUUACAUAAGUUAAGCUUCAUUUCUAAUGAAAGUUCCUGUCAUCUUGGCUCUAUUAAAUAAAAAGUACCAAUAAAAUAAAUUCCAAUUAAAAAAAAAGGUAAUAUAGAUAUUAAGUGUAGCAUGCUAAGCAAACAGUGCUGAAGAUGCUGUUUAAUAAUAAAGUAACGUAUGCUGAAUAAACAUAUAUAAAUAGAUCCAUAGUUAGCUUAUACCUGUAUUUUUUAUCAUACUCCAUAAAUUAUUAAAAUAUAUUACUAAAGAGUACAAAUUCUUGGUGAUAUUGGCUUAUUGUUAUUUUUGAAAUUUCGAAUAAUAUUUGUAUAUUUAUAUUAUUUAAAUUUAAAAAUGUGAAUUUAUUUAUAAAUUUAAUUAUGAGAGAGACAGCUUUUAGAUAUAUUAUGAAGUGAGUUCUAAGACUACCAGUUUUAAAUGACAUUUUGAUAGUAUUAUCAGAGUUAGAGGAAUUAAAAUUAAAAAAGAAAUUAUAUGGAGAUAAAUUGAUCAAAAUAUAAGAGUAUUUUAUGAUAUAAAAAUCAGUGAAUUUUUUAUUUGUUCAGUAAUUUUUAAUGAGUUUCUUUAAUUUUUUCAUAUAUUCUAAAUUUAUGCUGAGAAAAGAGAGCUUAGUGUGAAAGAUUCUUCAUACUUUUCUCUAACAUUCAGGUAAAGUUCUCAAACUUUAAAAAAUAAACAUACGAAAUGUAAUAAAUGCUCAUCAGAAAGCAUUAAAUGCCAUUUAAAAGCUGAAAACUGUAAAACAGAUAAGAUAAAUUCAACUAUUGGUCAAAUUAUUUUUAAAUUAUGCUUCAUAUUUACUUAUAAAAUAUUCUAAUAUAUUAUUUUUUCACAUUUAUGAAAGGGAAACGCAUUGCUUCAACAUUAAAAACAGGUGAAAUUUUAUUCAAAUAAAAGCUAAAGAUUUUGGGUGCUAAUUGCGAAAAUUUUGAAUGGAAUCAAUUCCUUCUUUCAUGAAUCUCGCCAAAUGUAUCACGAUGUUUAAGUUUUGGAAUCCAUUCCUCAUUUUACAUUUGAUACUUGGAAUACUACAACAGAAUUUAAUGUAAGCCUACAUUAAACGCCAUAAACAUGCAAAAUAAAGUUUAUCACGUGAGUUUCAAGUCACCAAAAUUGCCCCUUUUUUACUUGGGAAUGAUAUCUUUUCAACAAUAGAAUAAAAAAAGUAUUUGGCAUAUUUUUAAAAGUUGCAUAGUCGAAACAUGACUUCAUUACCAAUUUGAUGCUAUCAUGAAUACUGUUGUUUACAUUAUUGUGAAAUUUUUUCCCAGGAACCAAUGAUUCAUACGAAAUACAUAAAUUUCAAAGAAAUGUUCGUUAUUGUUCCAUCUAUAAAUGUGCCUUUAAAGCUAUAGUAAGCUAGAGCUUAUUCAUAAUGGUUCUUUAAUUCAUAUUUAUCCAGUUUUUGAGGUUUUCACUUGCACAUGAGGAGUAUCUGGCACUUGCAACUAAAGCGCAGAUAUAGCAGUAAUGAAAUGCUUUAAAUGAUAUAGAGCUAAAUUUUCUAUAAGAUGGUGUGUUUUCGAUAUAAACCAAAGAUGUGAAUAAUGAAAUAAAUCCAUCUCAUCUGAAAGUAAAAAAGCUAUUGAUGUCACAUUUCCAAGCAUAAUAUUUAUUUUUGUGCUAGAAAUGUAUUUUAUUUGUAAAAUAUGUGAUAAUGAAAAUAUAAUCAUUGUUCUUGUGACAUAUGUAUUG